UGCAGGGUCUCAGUCCUGACUGAGGACUCUGAUGGCGGCAGGGACAAUCUGUCCCCCCGCUCCGCCUCGGCUGCCAGGACGGAUCCACGGUCGGGUGUGAACGGCCGUCACUGCUGCCGUCUCCCACUUUCACACGAACUGUACGAGUUUUCACACACUGCUGGUCAGCAGCGGGUCCGUCAGCAGAGUGCAGCUGAUUUGGGAGGACAGAUGUUGCUGGAUUGGCAGCUGCAGGUCUGGUUGAGAUUUGGACCAGCAGUGACGGCGCGGGGAGCGGAGACGGUUUGUGGAUCAUCAGUCGGACGCAGCGGUGAAACCGAACCCUGCAGACACCCAACACCCGAGAGAGGAAACUCCACAGUGGGUCUGCUGUCGACCCGGAGAGCUUCAGGCUGGAGGUCUACUCUACAUCAACCAGAAUCGGUUGCCUAGCAACGGAGACCUUUGAGGACAUCAGAUCCUGAUGUGACCCAUCAUGAUCAUGAGUUUGACUGGGACCAGUAACUCCAGUCACUCCAGUAACUCCAGUCACUUCACACUCCAGGGUUACAUGUGGAGUACCACAAGGUUCUGUGCUUGGUCCAUUUCCGUUCAAUAAAUACACACACACACACACAUAUGUAUAUAUAUAUAUAUUUCUUUAGCUUUAGUUGGUUAAAUGUUGAACAGUACUUGCUUUUUGAAGCUGACUGGAGAAAAAACUCCAUGUCAGGUUAUUUUAGACCCACAUCCAGGCUUUGAUUUGGUCGUUUAAACUCCUGCAUUAAAUAUCCAGACUUCGUUUUGGAGUCAUUAAGCUCCAAAACAAGAUGAGUUCUGCUGUCCCUCAAGGAUGAGUUCUCAGCUCCUGUUUUUCCCCUAAAUUUACAUUAAAUCAUGUAAUUCAUAAUGAAAAUAUUUGGUAUAACUUCUACAGUUGGCUGUAGAUGACAGUGAAACCUAGAGAUGCUACUUACAGCUUGUCUUUCUAAAAUCAAACACUAAGAAUUUCAGUAUUUGUGAUAGUUUUUAUGUAUUUAUUGUCAUUGACUUUGCGUGAAGUUUUGUUUUGUCUUUGUCCUGCAGCCUUGUCUUCUCUUCUAAGAGAAUUUCUCCCACAAGAGACAAAUAAAUGAUUUUACCUUCCUUUUUUCUAUUUUAAAAGUCUUAUUUUGCAUGUUUCAAGUGGAAAUGUUCAUAAACGAGACUGCAGAACAAUUGUUUCAUUUGUGAAAGUUUCAAUAAGAUGUUUAGUUUAAAACUCUUUUAGAAAGUUGUUGCAGAGACUUAAUUUAUCCAUUGCUUUUGCAACUUUGAAGUUUUAUUGAUUGAAAUCUGAGAUCUUUCUCUCUUUAAAUCACAUUAAACUUCUCUAGCCUUUCUGUAACUAAACAAUCUUGAAGAGAAAUAAAGCAGGAUAUAAACACGCAAUCAAUGAAAUCUUUUAAUUCUCAGCUCCUGUCCCAGUUUCCUUCAAUCUCUGAAAGCUGUCCUCUCUAACCCCUCCCACAUGGCGCCGCCUGCCUGCCUGCCUGCCUGCCUGCCUGCCUGGUGAAUAAUUGACGAGCUCUCCCUCCUCUUUUCCGUCCUCUGCCAUUGUCGCGUCGCUCGUCGGGUUCUCCGGCCGUGACAGGCCGCCCUCCCCCGCCUCCAUCAUGUCCAGUUUCCACCUGCUGCUGGGCGGAUGGUGACAAACGGACCGGGAGCAGCUGCUGAUCUCUCUGGAGUCAUGAGGGACUUCCUGUUUGUCCUCCUGCUGGUCGCCGAGUCGUCCUGCGUGUUUCUGAACUGGACGUGUGAUCGAAGCUGCGUUUGCCAUGGAGACCUUAAGUUCACCACCUGCUCGCAUGAUGACCUCACCCAGCUUCCCGUCAAGGUCCCGCCCUCCACCGAACUCCUGGACCUGUCCAACAACCUCAUCUCCGUCGUCCCCAAACACGUCUUCAGCAGCAACCGCAAGCUGAGGGUUCUGCUGCUGCAGAACAACAACAUCAGCCUGGUGGAGGACGGCGGCUUCGCCCAGCUGGAGUUCCUGCAGAAGCUGGACCUGAGCUGGAACCGGAUCUCCGUCCUCACAGAGGGAUUCUCCGUCGGCCUGACCUUCCUGCGGGAGCUGCAGUUGUCCCACAACCAGCUGACCGGCCUGGACAGUCGGAGUUUCCUCCACCUGGACGGCUUGCAGAGGUUAAACCUGACCAACAACAGCAUCCAGAGCAUGGAGGUGAGGUCGUUCUCCUCCAUGAGCAGCCUGCGCCAGCUCCACCUGCAGGACAACCAGCUGACGUCUCUGCGGAGCGGCACCUUCUCUAUGCUGCGCUCCCUGGAGGUCCUCAACCUCGCCGGCAACCAGAUCCAUGAGAUGGAGUUAGCGGUGUUCAACCCGCUCACCAGCAUGACCUUACUGAACCUGGCAGACAACCAGCUGUCCACCGUCUGCUUCAAGACCUUCCUGAACAUCCACACCUACAGCACCCACAUCCUGCUGCAGGGAAACCCCUGGAACUGCGACUGCGAGCUGCAGAGGGUUUUCCGGAAGCUGCGCAGCAUCCAGAGGAUCUUCCUGGACGAUUACUACAACCUGACCUGCAGGGAGCCGUCUGUCCUGCACAACCACCGGCUGAUGGAGGUGGACAGCGAGCUGUGCAUUGCUGAGACCGUCACCGUGCUCAUCAUCACCAUCACCGUGGUGAUAACCGUGCUGGCCGCCAUGCUUAUGGGCGAGAGGAAGAAGAAGAAGAGGAGGAAGGGGCUGCACUGGACGCAGCAGAGGGAAUUCUCGGAUGACUCGGAUUUCUGAAGCAAACUGGUUUAUUUUCCUGGAAACUUUUACUGGAUGUUCAUUUACACCUAAAGUGAAACUCAAUGGUAUUCGUUUGCCUUGAACUCUUGCUAAUGCCGGUUCUUACAUGGACAAGCCCCUCCCUCAGCGUUCUCCUAACCAAUCACAAUACAGGAAAUCUAAAUUCUUGGGGGAUCAAAGGGCAGUGCAACCCUGCAGAGAGCCUGUAAAAUAAUCUCCAUAUUCAUCCAGACUGAACAGAAACACCUUUCAAAACAGAGCUGAUACUGUGGGACGAUAUGGAUUUAUUUUGUGAUAUUAAUGUGAUAACGAUAAAAAUUAUGAUUAAAAAACUAGUUUUCUACACAGGAUAUUGUUCUUGAAAACAUUCUCAUUUGUAAUAGACUUAUUCAGAACAUAACUGACUUAAAAUGUGUGAUUCAUUUCACUAGAAUUCACUCAAUAAAUGCAUUUAAUUGUACUUUUGAAUUUACUCAUAUUUAUUGAUAUUCUUGUUGAACAAAAAGUGGAGAAAAUAGCAAAAAUAACAUUUCUGAUCAUGUCCAUGUGUUCACUUCAUCAGUCCACAAUUCAGAUUUUCAGUUUUCCAAAAUCCCAAUAAAAUUCAGAGACGUUUGUUGCUCCACCGUGAAAACUUUCCAAGUUGUAUGAGUGGAUUCUGGUUCCCUCUGCAGGUGAAGAGGACUCACUGCAACCAGGAUCAUCUGAUGUCACGAGGUCAUUUGCUGGGUGUGGUUGUGCAGGUUUCCUGCAGGUUUCUGACGCCCUCCAGGAACAUUUCCUUUUCACAGAAAUCAGGAAUGGCCACAGACCUGUUUCCACGCCUUUGCUUGGAGUCUAGACCAUGCUCUUAUGUAGGAGUUAAAUACAAAUGAAGUUGUGAAAUAUAUGCAAAACGUCUCGAAAUAGAUCUGUUUUCAUACACUUAAAAAAAUCUAUUGCUAAGAAACUCACUUUUAGUGAUUUAAUAACUUAAAGAUUUCGGUGAUUGUCGUCUGUAAAAUAACAUUUAGAAAAAAACCCGGAUUAAAAUUAAAUUAAACCGAAUUUGUGUUUUUCUUACACGGUAAAACUAAUUUACGGUGUAAAUUGCCAGUAUUUUCGGAGAUACUGACAAUAAAAUCCGUUUUGUUUCAUUGUGACUCUGAAGCUGCCUGUGUGUAUUUUAUGCUUAUUAUCAUUAAACAUUUUCUCCCAUUGA